AUGGAACAAAAUGACAUCGUGAUAAGUGAUUCCUCAAGGAAGGGUGGGACGCUUUUGAGCCUCGAGGUAUAUACAGUACGUCGGUCAAGAAGGAGAGCCAACAUUGCCCCCAUCUACCAUGAACGACAGCGUCUUGCUCUCUGCGGUUUGCACGCCUUGAACAACGCGCUACAGGGCCAGUAUUUCACCCAAACCACCAUGACGGCUUUUGCUCAGGAAUUGGACGCGGCGGAGGCGUCCCUUACAGGCACUGUUCCUGCCGAUCCCAGCCACAACUGGGCUGCUCAGGGAGAUUUUUCCGUGCAAGUCUUGGACCGUGCGGUGAGGUCUCUUGGCUUGCAGAUGAACCGCUGGCAGCAUCAGAGUGGGACGGACCCUGUCCACGACUCGGGUGCGAUAGUAGUACAUUCAAGGGCCCAUUGGAUGGCAUUCAGGAGGAUCAAUGGGUCGUGGUUCAAUCUCGAUUCCCUGCUACCGCAGCCAGUUAGUAUGACUAAUGGCGAUUUGGUAAGUGGAAUGAUGCCGUUCCCUCCCGUUGGACAGGCUCCUCAUCUCCUUCUCUGUUCCAGAGCGCAUACCUUGCUCAACUGGUUGCUCCACCCGCCACUUACAACAUAUACACUAUCAGCGCGGGUACCGUGGCCUUACCUCCUUCACCCGCUGACAAUGUUGCUGUUGCUGGUCCGAUUGCCGCGGGUCCGAGUACCGCAGGUCCCAGUACUGCUGGUCCGAGUACGGCUGGUCCGAGUGGUGCCGGCAGAGGAUCUCGCGGCGCCGUUAGAGCUAGAGGAUCUCGCGGGGCUGGUCGAGGAGCUCGCGGCGCAAGAGGAUCGCGCGGUGCUGGUUGAGGAGCUUGCCCGUAUUACAUGUACAGCAACACAACACAACACGACAUAG